AUGACACACUCCAUUGAGAGUACCUCAAUAGAUAAUCAAAUUCCACUGCCUCUUCAAACUGAAAAAGAUGAGCGUAUCAUAAAAAAAGGAAGGAAAAUGCAUCAAUUAAGCGACAAAAAGGAAACAAAUGAUCCAUCAGAGUCGCAAACAAAGAAAUGUAUAAAUCAAAUUUUUGCUAAAAUGUUUGAGGAUUUGGACAAAUCAUCUUUUAAAUCGUGUACCAUAUUCAAAGUAAAUGUGCGGCUACGUGAAUCAAAUCCAGAUGCUUAUACACCGAAGAUGGUCUCUAUUGGUCCUUACCAUAGGAAAAAUCCUCAACUUCGUCCAAUGGAAAAGUACAAAUUAUUAUACCUACAACGAUUUCUGAAACGAAGAGAGGGGUUCGAUGUGAAAUAUUGGAUCGGUAAAUUGGAGGAACUGAAGGAGGAAGCACUAAAGUGUUACGAUGAUAUAGAAGGCCUCGAUAUUGAUAACCGUCAUGAAUUUUGCAAAAUGUUGUUGCUUGAUGGUUGUUUUGUGGUUGAAUUUAUUCGUGAGUGUUCUGAAAAAUAUGCAGAAGAAGGAGAAGACAAAAUUAUCAAUUUUGUUGAUUACAAAUAUAAUCAAAUACUUCGAGACUUGUUGUUACUAGAAAACCAACUUCCUUUCUUUAUCCUCAACAAGCUGCAUGACUUAACAGUGAAACAUGAUGAAUUUCAAUUGGAAGAACUGGCGAUCACUUUGUUUAGCCAUGUUGUUAACUUGGGAUUUAUGUCAGUAACCGGUACUGUUUCGUGUCUGAUGAAUUUAUUUCUAUCUGAACGUGAUAUGAAACAUUUACUUCAAUUAGUACACACUGUUUCAUGUCCGAGGAAUUUCGGGAAAUCGUCAAACGACAAUGACACCAAGUGGAAUAAGGUCAUGCCAAAUGCAACAGAGCUUUCUGAAGCUGGAGUUAGAUUUGCAAAGUUCAAUCAGACGACAAGUUUAUUUGAUAUAAAGUUUGAGAAUGGAUUGAUGACAAUAUCAUCUCUUGACGUGGUAGAUGAUACCGAAACCCUCCUACGAAAUCUCAUUGCUUAUGAGCAACAAUCAAUUGAUUUACAAUAUUUAUAUUUCAGUGAUUAUGCAAUUUUUAUGGAUCAAUUGAUCGACACAGAUAAAGAUGUGAGUUUGCUUCGCCAUAAAGGAAUCAUAGCAAACUGGAUAGGAGAGGACAAAGAAGUGGCUAGCCUCUUCAACAAAAUCGGAAACGGGGUCACUGUUUAUUCCAACUUCUAUUACAAAGAAGUAUUCACAAAAGCAGUUAAACAUUGUGAUGAAAAAUCAUGGAACAGAAUGAAGGCAAGUUUAAAGCACAAUUAUUUUAGUAGUCCUUGGGUAGGAGCUUCAACUAUGACAGUCAUCAUACUCCUCAUACUCACUACUAUACAAACUAUUCUAGCUAUCAUAAGUGCCUUUAAGUAA